AUGCAGCUGUUCUCUAAGGAAAAGAAAGAACCCGUGUACGUGGAGGACAACCUUGACCAGGUUGUCACCACUGCCGAAGGGGAUGUUGUCGAGAACGCCGACGACCUUCACCGUCGAUUGGGCAACAGACAGAUUCAAUUGAUCGCCAUUGGUGGUUCCAUUGGUACUGCCAUUUUCGUCUCCGUUGGUUCUGGUCUUGCCCGCGGUGGCCCCGGUUCCCUGUUCAUCGCCUACGCUAUCUACUCAUGCUUCCUCGCACUCGUCAACAAUGGAAUUGCGGAAAUGACUGUCCUGUACCCCGUCUCUGGUGGUUUCGUCCGUCUUGCGGGUCACUUCGUCGAUGAGGCCUUUGGGUUCAUGGCUGGCUGGAACUUCUUUAUCUACGAGGCACUGCUCAUCCCAUUUGAAAUCACGGCUUUGACAACUGUGCUGGGCUUCUGGUCAGCGGACAUCCCACCUUGGGCUGUUCCUGUCGCCUGUAUCGUCCUCUACGGCCUUCUCAACUGCCUUGCUGUCAAGGCUUAUGGAGAGGCUGAGUUCUGGCUAUCUGGCGGAAAGGUCAUCUUGAUCUUCCUGCUCUUCGCCUUUACUUUCGUCACGAUGGUCGGUGGUAACCCAGACAACGACGCCUAUGGCUUCCGCAACUGGCGAUCUCCAGACGCCUUCGCCGAGUACCGAACUACAGGCACACUUGGACGCUUCGAGGGCUUCCUUGCAUGUCUCUGGUCUGCCUCCUUCACUGUCGUCGGUCCAGAGUACGUUUCCAUGGUCGCUGCCGAGGCGAAGAGGCCACGAAUCUACAUCAAGAGCGCGUUCAAGACCAUGUACGCUCGCUUCGCCAUCUUCUUCAUUGGAGGUGCCCUCGCUUGCGGUAUCGUCGUUGCCUACACUGAUCCUGUGCUCGUCGGAAUCAUCUCUGGAGACCUCGGUGGCAGCGGUACUGCUUCGGCUUCGCCAUAUGUCAUUGCUAUGGACAACCUCCGUAUCAAUGGGCUGCCACACCUUGUCAACGCUCUCCUCGUCACCUCCAUCUUCUCCGCCGGAAACACCUACACAUAUUGCGCCACCCGUUCUCUCUACGGUCUAGCUCUCGAAGGCCGCGCACCAGCUUUCCUCCGCUACUGCACGAAGACCGGUGUCCCACUCUUUGCCUUCGUCAUUGUCAUGAUCUUCCCCUGCCUGUCUUUCUUGCAGGUUAGCAACGGCUCUGCGGAGGUCCUCACAUGGCUCAUCAACCUCAUCACUGCUGGUGGUGUUAUCAACUACAUCGUCAUGUGCAUCACCUACAUCUUCUACCACAAGGCCGCUGUCGCCCAGGGCCUCGACCGCAAGAGCUUGCCAUACUAUGGUUGGUUCCAGCCAGGUUGCGCAUACUUGGGUCUCGCCUGGAUGUCCAUGGUUGUGUGCUGCUACGGAUACUCUGCAUACGCACCAUGGAACGUGGAGAGCUUCUUCAUCUACUACGCUAUGUUGAUUCUUGCUCCUAUCCUCUUCAUCGGCUGGAAGGUCAUCAAGCGCACCAAGUUCAUCGGCUCUCACGAGGCUGAUUUGAUCUGGGAGCGACCUACCAUUGAUGCGUACGAGGCUACUUUCAUUGAUCCACCAAAUGGCUUCUGGCGCGAGAUGCUCCAGAUGGUUGGUAUCGGACGCAAGAAGUUUGGACAGGAUCGUCGACGAUCGAGCGUCGUUGUUCCAGGCAACAAGGUCUAAAGAGGUGUUCAUGAGUGGUGCGGCAUUUUGGUUUCACUACUUGCGAGAGUAGAGGGAAUGUGGUGGAGUGGAUGUUUGAUCACGAUGUAACGAUUUGGAAGAAGAAGAUACCCUGAUUGCAUGUAUACAUGCAUAUGAAC